GUGAGCAUUUCAAUUUUUCAAUUCUGUGUUGAGUGUGUUUAUUUUAUAUUUUCAUUAUUUAUAAUUUUCAUUAUAUUUUUCACUUGAAUACGUUGGAUUCUUCUAGAAUAGUAGAUAGAUAGAUAAUAUACAUAUAAGAAGACAUAUUUAUAGUUUGAAAAGUUUCUCCAAUUCAAUAUAAAUAAUGGGCAGACAAGAUGAGAAACCAGUGUGGAAAUUUUACAUGAGAAUCCAAAAUGAGCAAAAUAUCCAUUCAAAUUGUAGAUUUCGUGAGAAGAGGAAAAUCUCAUCAAAAUGAUAGAUCAUGACGCUUCCAUCCCCACUUCCGGCCAGCAGCAGCGCAUGGACGACAGGCGCGUGGACCGGCGGGCAGCCCCAGCAUCAGGCGGAGCACUCGGCGGCCGCCCGUUCGACAUGAGCGACCGCGGCGGCGGAGACAAGACGAGGGGCGGCAAGCAGCACCUGCGCACCGACGAGGGCGCCUUCGAUCACAAGUCUCCCCGGCCGCCGGUGCCUGGCGAGGAGCGCAGCCACUUCUCCUCCGAUUGGGGCCCCGCGACGGCGGAGCGGGGCUUCGGCAAGUCGGUCUCGCCUCCGGCUAGAAAAUAUCUCAACAAUCCCAAUGAACCCCCGGCCGCCUGCCACGCCUACGACCCGGAGGGCGGCUUCGGUUGCCGCCCCUCCUCGCGCUCCCACCCCUCGGACGUUUCCCCACCCCCCGCCUGCGUCAGGUGGGCGCAGUCGCUGCGUGCGCUGCUCCAGGACCCCGACGGCGUCAAGCUGUUCCAGCGGUACCUCGAGUCGGAGGGGCGCCACCACGCAGACACGCUGGAUUUCUGGUUCGCCUGCGAGGGGCUGCGCAAGCAGAUGGCCAAGGAGAAGAUCCAGCAGCUAGUUAAGGUUAUUUAUAAGAAAUUUUUCGUUAAAUCUGCUCUUCCAAUCGAUGAGGAGUUGAAGAAGGAAAUAGGAAAGAAUAUUAAAUCUUCUCAGUGCCUUGAGCCCCCAGUGACUUUGUUUGACAAAGCACAAGCUAUAGUUGAACAACUCAUCCAUGAGACAACAUACCCCAACUUCCUUGAAAGUGACUCGUACCUGCAAUAUCUACAAAAUGUUCAAAAUCUUAGUAGCAGUAGUAGUAGUAGCGAUUUUAGUAAUGAACUGUCAAACAUGACAAAUGUGCCGGAUCCUCUGCCAACUUUACAUGAAGAUAUGGAACUUGUAAUGAAUCCUCCUGUUCACAUUAGUCAUAAUUCAGGAACUGGUAGUGUGAGUACUGGCUAUCACACACCCAACGUUGGUGCAGGGGGGCCAGUACGUCUGACUAAAGACCUUCUGCUUAUCUCCCAGAAACACAGGGCUGUGGACGUGAGGCCUAAAUCAGAAACUUUCUUAGGUAUGUACAUGUAUCGAGGUGGCCCUGGAGCUCAUGCUGCCUAUAAUUCGUACAACCCCAACUCAAGGCAAGAUAGCGAACUCCAUUCCCUUAGUAGUCAUUCGGAUGCCAGAACGGAAUCUGAUAAUUUGUCUAUCACAGACAGUUCUGUCGAUGGAAGAUCAUUGGGUAGAUCAUCGCGCCGAAAGGCUGUUCUUGAAGCGAGGAAAACACGGGAAUAUGCUGCCCUCAACCAGGAAACAAACAUGAACCAAAUCCUAAUUCCUAGGACACAGCGUGUCGAUACCAAACAGUGUCAACCGAUGAAUCGAGACACUUUCGCCACUAUACUUAUCGAGAAAUUGGAGGCCGUCAAAAGACAUCAGGAUCAACAGGAACUGUUGGAUAGGAAACUGAAAGAGAGUGAAUCGAUGAAUUCGAUGAACGAUAUCCAAUCUCGAGAACUAGCAAAUGCCAUCAAAGAGAAAUUACAGCUAGAAGACGAUAAUGACCAGGAUAUACUGGAUCAACAUGUUUCGAGAGUAUUUUCUGACCUAACUCCAGCUAGGACACCAGGGCUAUCAAGUCCAAGACCUCAUUCACCCCCAAGAAACAGACACGUUCAGAGUUCGUAUAUGAGACCAAAGAGGAAGGAAAAAGAUGGUUUUUCUACUUUCAGUGGAGAUUCUGGAAAUGUUCAUGACUUUGCUGAUGGUUCUGAACAUAAGUUGGCGAUGGUGAAAUCAAAGAGUAUGCCCGAAUACGCCGAGGAGAGAUUUGUCAGAGGAACUUCAGGCAGACGAUCGUCGAAGAAGGCGCUCACCGACCUCACCGACAGCGGCGUAUCGGUCGUGUCGGACACGAUCCCGCCUUCGGCGCCGCCCCUCGUCAAGGACAACCGCGUGCUCGCCUGGCUGCUCGAGUCCGACAAGAGCGGCCGCGGCGCCGGUCACACGCACAGCGAGAUGUCGAUGUCGGGGCGGCCGCCUCCGCCCGCGGACAAGGCGGGCAGGCGGCGCGGCCGAGGAUUCGGCGAGCGGGCGAGCUCGCUGGAGCGAGGCCCCGCCCAGCCGUUCGUCGCCGAUCCGAGCAUGCCGCCGCUGCCGUCGCCGAAUAUCGGGGUGCAGCUGGAGGAGGCAAGACGGCGGCUGUUGGAGGAGGAUGUGAGGAGUAGGCCGAAGCAGAGGUCUUCUUCAAGUAGGUAUUAUCCGGAUAUGGCCCAAAGUAGCCAGUCAACUUUGAGAAAGUCGAUGCGAGUGUCCCGACCGAGUAUGUCUGCGCCAGUCGGAGCAGAUGAAGUAACGACCGUUGUGUUCAACUUUUGCGAAGAACAAUUCCCGUAUAGAACGAAAAUCCCAGGUACCCAAGUCACUUUGAGGCAGUUCAAGGAGUAUCUACCAAAAAAAGGAAACUACAGGUAUUUUUUCAAGACAGUAUGUGAAGAACUUGGCAACCAAGUUAUUCAGGAGGAAGUCAGUAAUGAUUCAGAGGUACUUCCAUUGUGGGAAGGGAAAAUAAUGGCUCAGGUGAAGCCAAUCGACUGAGUUCUUACAUUUUUCAGUUUAUUUGGAAAAAUGUAUGAAUGUAUUCAAAACAUUUAUUUAAUUGUCAAUUCUUAAUUUUAUGCAGAUAAUUUAUUUUUCUUUGUUGUUGAAUGUAUUUUGUUUUUAUGAGAAGGAGAAAUACAGAAUAUUUUUGUAUAGUUAGGGUUUACAAUACAAAUGUAAAAGCAGCAAAUUUUAUGAUUUAUUUUGAAUAUAAUCGUUUUCGAGGAAUGAAAUCUAUUCUUGUUUUGCAUAAAUAAACCCAAACUGAGUUAUUUGAAGAGGGAUAUUCUCGCAUGUAUAUGCCUAACAUUGAACCCAACAGAAAUUAUGUCCAGAAAAUAAUUGUCUAGUUUUGAAAAAUUAUAAUAUUUUUAUUUGUAUGAUCAGUCCAUGGAUAUUUUUGGAAUUUGGAUUCAAUAAAAUUAUAAUUCAACACAAAUUGUAUCACCCAUCGGGACAUUUCUUAAAAUUCCUAUUCAUGGUCGCUGCCGGGUGUCACAUAUAGGUGACAGAAGGGUAUGAACGUAAGUUAUAUGAACUUCUUAUUCUAUCUGUCUGUGCUGUUGUUCUGUUCAAGGUAGUAUGAUCUACUAGUAGGCCUGGCACACUUUCAGCUAACAUUUAUAGAUUGUACGGUGUUUCGUUUUUUAUAUGUGAUGGAUACACCAAUAUCCUGGCUAACAUUUUCUUUUGUGCAUCGAACUUUUUUACAAACAAUCACAUAUGAACAAUUUGUUUUCAUCUAUAAUAUUCUCAUGUCUUGAAUGAAGCUGAGUUAGUUGAAACUCUUGCUUCUGAUGAAUUAUGGUCGAUAGACCAGCGUCACAAAUAUGUGACAGCAGGAGAAACAGUGUUAUUCAUGUUGCUGAAAUCAUCAUACAACUAAACAGUUACAACAGAACUCACAGUAUUUAGCGGAAACAAACAAAUUACCUCUCUGGUCUGUGGUGUCUGUUUGCUUGAUUGCUCCUGGUAGCGAACCUGUUCAAUUUGUUAUAUACUAUCAAAACUUGAAUUUUCGAGAAACAAAAAUAUUCUCUUCUCUGAAAACAUUUUCAGAGGUUUUUACUUAAACAUGGUGUAAGUUUCAGAUUUUUUGUAAAAAGUAGUGUUGUCUUUUGCAUAUAAUUUAUUUAUUGUUAUUUUUAAGAAAUAGUAAUAUUUUUUUAAAUUGUUGAAAAAAUAUGAUAACAACGAUUUUUGUAUAAUAGUAUUUUGUAAUUAGACUUAGAAA